GACACAUGAAAGUGGAAUUUGUUCUGGUUAGUUUUCUGUUUUAAUGGGAGGACAGCUGACGUGUGUGUGGUCUCUAUAUAUGCUCUAUAUGUGUCGGUGUGUGUGUGUCGGUGUGGACUGCAUGUUGACGUGUGGGAACAUUGUGUGUGAGAGGCUUUAGUUUGUCGAGGAAAGAGAAAAGAGGAAGCAGUUCCGCCCUCAAAAUCUUCCUGGAGGCCGAGAAGAAAAGAGUAGAAAGAAAAGAAAAGAAGAAAGCAAGGAACACAGUUCAGGGCACCGGCUUCAAACCGAAAACUAAACCCAACGACGGUGUUAUUCAGUUAGUUGAUGUUUUGGCGGAUGUACAGUGGAACUCCGGCGGUACUUCGGAUCUCAGGUGUGGCGCGUUAAAAAUCCUCGUUGUAAAAAAUGAGCUUCAUAUUGACAAGUCUUAGUUCGAAGCUGCUCCGAUAAAGUCUUCCAUGCUGGUGUCUUCUGCUAACAUUACGUGACAGGCGGAUUCUCGAGAAGUUACUUUCAUUUGGCUUUCGGUCUUGGUUUGGGUUAUUGGCUUUAAGCUGCUGGUGAACGACGGGACUCUGAUUGUGGCCCUGGAAGGUUUCUGAUCCGGACAAAUCCCAGUUGAAAACCAGCAUGAGUGGAGAAGAGGAAAGAUUCAAACUGGUGGUUGUGGGAGGAGGAGGGGUGGGGAAGAGCGCCCUGACCAUCCAGUUCAUUCAGUCCUACUUUGUGUCAGACUAUGACCCCACCAUCGAAGACUCCUACACCAAGAUCUGUAAUGUGGAUGGGAAGGAGACCCGGCUGGACAUCUUGGAUACAGCAGGUCAGGAGGAGUUUGGGGCGAUGAGGGAGCAGUACAUGCGCUCAGGAGAGGGCUUCCUACUGGUGUUCGCACUCAACGACCGGGGCAGCUACCAUGAGGUCCAGAAGUUCCACACUCAGAUCCUGAGGGUGAAGGACCGAGACGACUUCCCCAUGGUAUUGGUUGGAAACAAGGCAGAUCUGGAACAACAAAGAGUGAUCUCUAGGGAGGAUGCUCAGGCGUUCGCCAGAGAGAACAGGAUCCACUACAUGGAGGCUUCGGCCAAGAACCGCUACAACGUGGAUGAAGUCUUCUUGGAACUGGUGCAGAUUAUCAGAAGGUUUCAGGAGAUGGAGAGUCCUCCCCCUCCAGCUCAUCACACAGGGAAACAGAAGGGUGGUGGCUGUCCCUGUGUCCUACUCUAAGCACUGUUACUAUGGACACCAAAGCCUCGUCCCUCUACAGCUAGUCCAAAAAUGAGUGUGUGUGUGUGUGUGUGAAAGGGUGGUGGGGUGGGGGGAUGUAUUGGUGGGGGGGAGAGAGAUACAGUGCAUAAUUUUCUUCCCAAAUAUUUUCAUUUGCACUUUUGCCAAAAAGCAACAUGUAAAUCAGUGUAAUCUUUUAUUUUAGUGAAGGGAUGUAAAGGGACAGGUUAGUUUGUACUGUUGGCAACAUGAAAUAAUAGUGUCCAUGAGUAGACAUCAUCACACCAGCACGUGUUAUAGAAAGGCUGCUGUUAGAGAGGACAUGGCGUCCUGCAGGUACAGAUGUCUUCAGUGACAUCAUCACCACAGGUACACAGAU